AUCAGCAAUAUAAGCUUCUUUGUCCUCUCUCCUGCUCUGCUCUACCUGAACCGGCAGUACUGUCAGCAUCGUGCCUUGCCCUUGUAUUUCACCUCUGCCCUGCUCAUCGGCGUAGGUAUCUUCUCCAUGUACUUUCACAUGACCCUGAGCUAUGUGGGACAACUCUUGGAUGAGCUCUCCAUCCUCUGGACGCUGGCUGUGGCAUAUUCCUUUUGGUACCCAAAGAUUUACUUCCCCAAGUGCAUCAAGAGCAGGAAGCAAUUCUUCUGGUUGAGUGGUAUCACCACCGUGAUUAGUACCUUGAUGUCCUUCAUCAAACCGACCGUCAACGCUUAUGCGCUCAACUGCAUCGCCUUCCACGUGCUGUACCUGACAUGGCGUGAGCUGAAAAAGUGCAAUGACAAAAGGGUUCACCGGAUGGCUGCAGUCAUGGUCAUGUGGUGGGUACUGGCCAUCAGCAGCUGGAUAAGUGACAGAUGGCUCUGUUGGUUCUGGCAGGCGGUCAACUUCCCCUACUUCCACAGCUUCUGGCACGUGCUGAUAGCCAUGGCUCUCCUAUACUGCUGCCCACUGGUCAUGUAUUUUGAUGUCAUCUACGAGAUGCCAGCAUUCAAGCCAAAGAUAGGAUAUUGGCCCAGCGACUCUUGGCCUGUCGUCGUGCCUUACAUUGUCCUGGAGGAACCUCACAAGCAGUGCUAG